AUGACUUACGGAAUUUAUUACGAAACAGCGGACUGCCCUGGAGAGAUAUGGCACUUUAUUCUGCAACUCGUUCUCGCUAUUGGUGCACUUUACACUCUUCUUACAGAAGAUCCUCGCACAGCAAAGGGAGGUGAUCUUACUAGGUCCGCAUUCCGUUCAAGCGCGGUGGGACUGAAAUCAAUCAUUUGCGUUGAUUCUCCUUCAACGGAACAACUUCAAGUAGCCGCUAUAAGUGUAUUGUAUUAUCUUGUUAGCUACCACAUCAACAGGUCUUUGGAACAAUUUCCUUGCGUCCUGACAGGGUGGCCUUCUUUAAUCCACGAUCGCUUCAUAAGUAUCCACCUACCACAGGCAAUUGAACUCCCUUUUACGAACCCUUCCACGUCAAUCGAAUCGCUAAGAUUUCCAGGGGCCGGGGCAACAAUGCAUUCGUUGUCAAGUAUUCAACCCGCUAGCAGCUCACCUAUUACCAUGUGGACCUUUUUCUUCCGGAGUCUUCGUCUGGACUCAAUAAUCGUCGAGACCUUACAGGAGCUGUACAGCUCCAACAUAGGCAGUAGAACUUGGGCUAAAGUGCAGAAACUGGUCAUCGAUUUAGACAAGAAGCUCUACCAAUGGAGACACGACCUCCCCGCAAGGCUUCUGGUCUGGCCACCUGAUUCCAGCCCGUUCCUACCAGUAAAUCAGCGCAUGUAUCUGACGCUCCUCUUUUAUGGUGCAAGCCUGCUGCUUACCAACCGUCCUUGUUUCUCUGAGACCCGCCAAUUAAGCGAUGCUAUUUCGUCCCGAUCUGCAGCAUCCAAAAGAAUGGAUGAAGAUGCUGCAAACCGUUGCUUAUCAGCAGCCUGGAACUUAAUUAGGCUCUUUCAUCUCAACAUCCACCGCCCCAGCCUCACUCAACAUGUCAACUCCUUUGUGGUGUGUCUUGCAUUACAUUGUACAGGCAGGCACGAUUUUGAUAAUGGAAUUAUCAAUCGAUUAUUUCCACCAAUCGUCCUCCGUUUUCCAGUGGUUGCAAGCCUUGCCAACAACAUUCACCCCCGCUUGUCGAGCGUACAUAAGCUAGAGCCGUCUUUUGAGCCUUGCGCUUGUUAA